AUGGCGACAAAUACCAUUAAGCUUUUGACAGGUAAUAGUCAUCCGGUGUUGGCUCAGAGGGUCGCAGAUCAGCUCGGUGUCCCUUUGACUCCGACGUUUAUCACUCGUCAUCCAAAUCAGGAGGCAAGCAUUACUAUCGGCGAGUCAGUCCGAGACGAAGAUGUAUUUAUUUUGCAAUCACCAGCGCCCGGCAGAGUCAAUGAGGGCCUAAUGGAGCUUCUCAUCAUGAUCAAUGCUUGCAAAUCCGCGUCCGCUCGUCGGAUCACCGCCGUGAUACCCAACUACCCCUACGCCCGCCAAGAUAAAAAAGACAAAGCGAGAGCACCAAUCUCGGCAAAGCUUAUUGCAAGUAUGCUUCAGAUGGCUGGAUGCAAUCAUGUAAUCACGAUGGAUUUGCACGCCAGUCAAAUUCAGGGAUUCUUCAGCGUCCCAGUAGACAAUCUAUAUGCUGAACCAAGCACGAUUCGAUACAUCAAGGAGGAAAUUGGGCUGGAAAACACAAUCAUUGUCUCACCGGAUGCAGGUGGAGCAAAGAGGGCAACGUCAAUUGCCGAUCGUCUCAAGCUUGGGUUUGCAUUGAUUCACAAAGAGCGAAGUCGUCCCAACCAGGUAUCUCGAAUGGUCCUGGUGGGCGAUGUUACAGGAAAGACAGCAAUUUUAAUUGAUGACAUGGCCGAUACGUGCGGCACGUUAAUAAAAGCAGCAGAUACUCUCAUUGAUGCAGGAGCGCGCGAGGUCAUGGCCAUGGUCACGCAUGGAACAUUAAGUGGCAAUGCUAUUGAGAUGCUUAACAAGAGCCGGUUAUCACGGCUUGUUGUGACGAAUACGCUCCCGACAGAAGACAAAGUGGACAGAUGUCGGAUAUUGUGGACUUUGGAUAUCAGCCCGACGAUCGCGGAGGCCUGCAGAAGAACGCAUAAUGGUGAAAGUGUGUCAUAUUUGUUCAGCCAUGCUCCUGCCGGCAGCCUGUGAUAUAAUGAUAGUUUAGCGUCCUUGUUUUGUUUAAGAAGUAUGUGCGUAUUAUUUCAGAGCCUUAUUUGUAGAACUAAAAAGCCAGC